AUGGACCCCGUUGAUGUGAUCAAAUCUUGCCUGGAUUCCAUUCGGCAGGUGAGAAUUUCCAGCGAUCUCGGCUUUUUCUUUCGUUGCAUUUAGCUCGAUGCCUCCGUUUCAUCGGAAGGAGCAUUUUCUCGGGGGCCGCAGCUGUACGAGUGGUGGAGUUUUUUCCUUUCCGGUGUGGUCCGUUUUUUCGGUUAGUUACGAGUUUUUUUAGACUUGUUAAAGUAAUAUUUUGCGUUUUGUUUGGAAUUUCUUGGGCAACAGGAUUUUCGUGUCAGUGCGAUGGAUUUGAAUGCGCCAUUCACGUUCUGUGUUGGUCUUUAACUUAUGCUGCUAAAAACUCCUCGCAGUUAUCGGACGACGUUGUAGACGCCGUUAUUUAUCUUGAUGGCGGAUGCCUGGAGGCCUUUCAAUUUAUCGGAGCAUUCUCUCUGUUAUUGGAACUUAAGGUGCGAGCGGUCUGUAGCCUGGAGAGCAUGUCUCCCCUAGACACUGUGAGUGUGAUUUUAUUUAUAAAUUUAAAAAUUUACGUAUUUUUUAUUUUACGAAGGAUCGAUGAUGAACUUCCACGGGACGGUUCUCGUUCUCCUCUGUCUGAGUACUACGUUGGCUUCUUCAGCGUUCCCGUUAAAAUUGAAUUUUUGUUCUCUCCCAUAAACAAAGUAACCGGCAUUCAUUCAAUGUCUCGGUAAUCAAGAAGCGAUCCCCUAUUGCACUGGAUAACUAAUCAGUAAGGGAACUUUUCGACUGGAAUAACGUUCUGGGCAAAAACGCUUAACAAUGAGGUGAUUUCAAUGUAAGAAACUCUUCAGACGGCGACUGGGUCCAGAUAACUGUGUACAGGUAAAACUUCAGCGGCCUUUUUUGCUAUAAAAAUGACACUAGGAUGUCCAGAUAAGUCGACAAAAUCAUAGCUUGAUCAGAAAAUGCUCGUGUUUUUUUGGACGAUUACAAAUUUUUGGUUGACUAUUCUGUUUCCGAGAUAUGGCAAUGAUUCACGGAGACAGAACUUCCAUCCUUGCUAUAAUUUACAUUGUCGUCUGCUCAUAUUUGUUAUUGAGUUCCGCAAUUUUCCUAUAUCAAGAAUAUAAUCUUAAGAUGAAUGGCAUUGCAUGGCAUGGCAUGGUUUGGUGACAAGUAAGAGAGGACAUCAGAAGAACAGAAGGGUAAUAAAGCACUCACUUAACUGUUGAGGGAAGAAAAGUUCUAUGCAAAACAUUAAUCUCCAAUUUGGCUAUUCAUUUCAAUGUUAUCUUAAAAAUCUAUCUUAACUAAGAGACGGUCUAAGUUAAGAAAAUUCCAUUUCCUUUAGGAGGGGAAACGAACCAAAAGAUGGCUGUGUGAUGAAAUUGUUCUGAAUUUUGUGGCACUAAAAAGGGUGGGGGUAGUAUUCCAAGGGAUUUUCGCAGUAAAUAUAACAUUGACGGCGAAAUGGAGUCGGGAACUUCAUGAAGGAGGAUGUGCUUUCUGAAAAGAACCGUCCGGAUGAAGUUUCACAGGAAUGUUGACAGUUGGAACGUUAGAGCUGCUUGUAGUUUACUUUUAUGUUCAGUCUGGAGAUGUAUCUCUUAGGGAGCUGGUUUUUUCUUCCCUCAAUUGAGUUUCACGUUAAUAACAUUAGGAAAGUGAGGCUCUGAGUAGAGGACCAGUCAUCAGGCCAGCUGAUUUUGGUACUCUUCUUAGUGUUAGCAGAAAAAGGCUAAGCAGUGUAUCAAAUAUAUUAAUUAAGAGUCAGAGAUAUGUGUUCAUUUUUUACUUCACAUGAAAUAACUGUCUUUUUAAAUUUCCAACAGGUUCACCCCAAAAAUGAUUUAAGAAAAAGUGUUAGAAAGUCCUUUGGAUAUGUGACAUUAGGAGGCACAUUCUUGUUUAGAAGUCCGGUAUUCAAUCACAGUAAUCUGGGCUUUAUUGUAGGCAUUAUUCUGCAUUAGUCAAAACUUUUCCCAUGGAAGAUUUGUCAUUGUAAGCCACUAAUAUGUUCAAUAAUACAAUAUUACGAUUUGUAUUGUGCUGGAUUGAUGACUGGCCCCGUUCAAACGAAUAAAAAUCAGGACUGUGAUCAUGAUGGGGCCAACCAAAAUUUGCAGAUUUAAUGGAAAUGAGAUCAUUCUUAAUUUCUCAUGUAUCUACUUGCUUAGCUUGAAAUGAAGACAACAAGAAUCAAUUUGCAGGUUGAAGACAAUGCCAUUAUUAGCCGUUCUCUACCUAAAUGUUUAUCCCAGCUUUGUAUCCGCUCCCAUUAUACUGAUAGGUAAAUCUCAAGGUCAGUCAAGAUCUUCUAGAGCAGAAAAAGACAGAAGAUGGGAGAUUGUUUGGAAUGUGUUUAUAUUAAUUGUACGUAGACAGAAACAGAUAAAAAUAACUGAUCAUCGGAAUUUUAGUGGCAAUUUUAAUAACUUCCUGGAGUCUGGAUUCUGUAAAUAAUCGUGACUAAUUAUGAUUAUUUUCCUGCCUAUUAAGUUAAAUGACAGACUUGACCUUCCUGUAGCACCUUUGGAAAUGUGGAGACAUAAGUGGUACUUGAUGUGCAAUUUUUUUUCCAUUCCUUUUUUGCAGGUUGCUAACUGGAAUUCAGCCUCUACUGAUCCUGCAACAAAGAUGGUAGUAUUUACAACACGCUUCCUUAGCAACGCACAUAGGUAUAUUUUACGCUGCCUGAGUACGCACCAAACAAUUGUGGAUUGCAGAAUAUUUACUUCAAUAUCAGAGGUACUUAAUUAUGAAGAAACUAUGACCAUAACAUUCUAGCAACUCUUGAUCUUUGUCUGUGUGUGUGUGUGUCAAUCUUGUUGUGUUGAUGGGAGCUCGGACAAGUGGCAUUGAGUUUGAAAUAAUUGUGUGAAGUACAUUGUUUAUGCUCACUAUUCCACAGUAUACGAUUCUCUUAAGGGCAACGUGUAUUAGUUCGUUUUUUCGUUCCUAAGUAGCCUUGAAAUAUUUAUCAAUGCCAAUUUUAUCAUUCUAGAUAUAAACCAUGUGCAACAUCAGUUUUAUGGCAAUUUUUUUUUGCUUUGUACUCUGUACUUUUACUAUCUUUACAAUAGGGAACUACAUUGCUCUUUCCCAUGGAGAUGAUGUUCAGACAUUACAUAAGCAUGACAUCAGAUGUUGGCCUGUUGAUUGUGAAGAAUUAAGAUGACGUAAAGCAUGAUGAACGUGACUUCAUUUUCUCCUUUUAAUGUGGCGUUUUGCGUCCCCUUUUUCUCGAAAAGAGUGGUGUGUGCAGUAGGUUUUUUCGAGUACACCUAUAUCUAGGGUUUGCUGACUCAGUCUCGACUUAAAGGGAUUUGUGCAAAGUUACGAAUUCCUGCUAUUCAAAUUGGUCUACUAAUAUCUGAACUGCAUGAAAUGUCAAAUACCUGGGGAAAAAGUCAAAUACCUGUGUAUUGACUUGAUUGGCUUAUAAAUUGUGUUCGCAGUGUGCAGACCAUUCGAUUUUACAUGUGAAUACUGUUGGCUGACGUACAAGCUUAGCCAAUCUGCGUGAGUCAUGGCAGAAAUCAUGUGCCGCUGUUAGAUGAUGACAGAUGGAUCAGCGGCAGUGACAAUAACUUGUUUAAUCAUGGCUGUUAUCACACACCCUGCUGGAAUGUAAAAAAAGAGGAGUAAUAAGACGAAUCAAUCUGCUGUCAUUAUCCCUACUAAUCAAUGCGUUGCCCUCCGUUGCCUCUACCAGUUACUGCUCCUUAUCUUCUCAUUCUGGGACAAACGGGGUGGGACUGGGCGGAUGCACUGGGGCUGUUCGAAGAGUUAUUUUGUUAAACUCGGUUUUGAAGUCAUUUUUCAUUUUUGCAGGAUGACAAACGUUUGAAAUUAUAUCUUAAAAGGAAACUGUUGAGGCAUAUUUUAGAACAAUAAGCAAUGAGAGCACUUAUAAGCAAAAAUGUUCAGGUUAGGAGGCUUGUAUCCUAACUGUAGGGGUCUAUAUUUUGAAUACCCUAGAAAAAAUGAAUGACAAGGAAUUUUUCACUACAAGGAAUUUAUAUGGAUGCUCAGAUUUUUCAACUUGGACUCUCUACUAUUUCGGCUUCAUUGACCAAAAUGUUUUGAAGGAAGUCAUGUUAAUAGUGGCAAAGGCGCAACAGUAGUGGGGAAUGAAAUGCCGCAAGUUAGUAAUAUAGUACUGAUAGAAAUGGUUUAACAGUGUCAUUUUAUUAUUUUAUAAUCUCUACAUGUUACCUAAUAAUCUAGCAUCUUAUUUUUUGAUGCACCAAGCUGGUUUGUCUCUUAGAAACUAAGUCAUGUUAUGUGUCCUAAUUGCUUGUAAAAUCAUGCAUUAUAAUUCUCUGUUAAAAAAAUCGAACAAAUAAUUUUAUUUAUGAUGAUAAUACUUGAAAUUAACUGCCAUCGAAGGUCAAAUUAUGUUAGAAUCAUGUGACCCAUCUCAGUCAUUUUAUUGUCAUUUUCCCGCAUCAAAGCACUUAUCCAGAAUUUUUUUUAUACCUUGCAUAAAAAUAACAUGAGUUUUAUAUUUUUAAUCAAUGUCUUUAUUCCCCCCCUUUCUUUGGUUUCAAUUUUAUACAGUAUGUGUGGAUAAAAGCACAAGAGAUAAAUCGCAUCUUCUUUGCAGGUUUUUGUUAUCUAGGUUCAUCACCUUUGUCAUUUGCUGUUAGAUUGUCUCCUGGUUGUUGAAUUGACUCUUCUGCUGAGGGUGGAGUUGUGAUCGAUUAUUUUUGGCUCCAAUUGCAUAUUCACUUUGUCAUUUAUUUAAUACUUUUGUCUGCUGGCGAUUGUUCAGAUUUUCGUUUAUUGCCACUAAUCCAUGGAAGUCAAGGUUCUAUUUUAAUUACUUCAUUUUGUAAUCCCUUACGUCUCAUACUAUAUAAUAUUAUGGUGAUAGGUAGCCCACUCAGCAUGUGUUGAUUGCCCUCUGGGUUUAGAUGCAUUUCGUGAAUACGGGUCUCUUCUUCUCAUGGAUUACGAAGAACUUGUCAAAAACGAUAAGAAGAGAAAAAUGGAUUCCGAUAAAAUCAACAAGUUCAUAACAUCGACAGGGACUGCACAGGAGGGGAGUUUUUAUAGUCCUAAACAUUUGUCAGCGAAGUCUGCUGAAGGUUUUUCUCCAAACUCUGUAGCUACUUCUACUGGAUACGCAGGCCCUGAUGGGUUUGCUGGAUUGGUCAUCUCUGUCAGUCAUUUCCCUAUGGGUUUUUGUGCCCUUUCACCAAGAGUUUUCAUUUUACCCUCUGAGGGAAGUAUUGCGGAAGCACGGCUGUCAGAUAAACAUUUUGACUCGCUCAGCCCUGGCUUACCCAUAAUAUCCACUGGGCAUGGUUCCGACAGCGAUGAGAUCCCUCCAGGAGCAACGCUAACAGCAGACUUUCUUUACUACUUGGCCUCCAAGGUUCGUUUUCUUUCUCUGCGUUUCUUUUCUCUCGCUUUGGUCUGAUUGUAGUGUUGCUGAGAUGCUGCAAAAAUUUCUAAUACUAUGAUUAAUAUCUCUUUCGUCUGAGGCACAGAUGGAUCUGAAGCUGGAAAUAUUUUCUGUGGGUGAUCUCUCAAAAAGUAUUGGCAAGAUUUUGACAGAUAUGUCAAGCCUCUAUGAUGUGGGUCGGCGUAAUAGAAGGUCGGCUGGCCUAUUGAUUAUUGAUCGCACUCUUGAUGUUCUCACACCGUGCUGCCAUGGGGACUCUGUUGUUGAUUGGAUGCUGUCCUCUUUGCCUCGGAAGGAAAGAGCAGUCUACACUUCACGUGCAAAAAGCUCACAACCAUCUACUAAAUCUUCCACUACUCAUGUACAGCGUGCACCUCUUGAUGUGAAAAUUCCUCUGGAGAAAGUUGUGUGCGCCGGGGAUUCUCCGGCAAGAAAUGAGAUGCUCAUCAAUAGCAUUACAGCCUUCAUCUCAGGCUGGAGAUCUGGCGGCGUUGGAGAUGCAGCUGGUGACUCAGGUGAUCAUAAAGAUGCUAUUUCCCCAAUUAGUCAGAUGACAGAUAAUCCUGGGUUGCUAACUGGGUCCCUGGUAUCCGUUGACAAUUAUCAAGGAGUAAAUUACUUGGAGGCAUUGCUGGGCAGGGGAAUAAAAGAUGGAGCUAUGCUGGUCAAGAAGUGGAUUUUGGGAAUCAUUCGCCAGAAUAGACUGUCGGUCAACCUGAAAAAUCGUCUGGCGUUUCCUUCUGCCUCGGAGUUGCUUUCUAUGGCCAGGUUGCUGGCUUCAAACCAGACGACCUUCAUCAGAAACAGAGGGAUAAUCCAAUUGGCAGUUGCUUCCUUAUUCGCCCUGAGUGAGCCUUUUAAUUCUCGCUGGAAUGCAUUCUCCAGUGCAGAGAGGAUCCUGAAGAUGAGUAACGGGGACAGCAGCCAGAUUCUCUCAAGUCAGAUCCGUGAUAUCAUCAGUAGAAGUGUUCUACUGAGAUCUCAUGGGCAGGGUCAGAGCAGCGAAUCGGACCAGGGUCUUUUCUCUUUUCAAGACAGUCUCCUCCUCGCCAUUGUUGGAUAUAUCUUGGCAGGUGUAAAUUUCCCAACAUCUGGGUCUUCCGGUCCGUUCUCCUGGGAAGAAGAGCGUUCUCUGAAGGAAGCUGUCUUGGACGCGAUAAUGGAGCUGCCGACGACCCAGGGUCUAGGGUUUCUCCAUGGUCUGGAGGAAGAACUCGAAGCCUAUUACAGGAAGAGGAAGACCACCGAAAAGCUUGAAGAUGCACUGGAUUCUUUUAGCAUGGAAGACUUGGACGACAACUGGGGCAGCUGGGAAGACGAUUCGGAUCACAAGAAUGAACAAUCAUUUGGGGAGAUGCAGCUUAAGUUGGAGCUGCGAGACAGGGUAGACCACCUGUUUAAGUUCUUCCACAAGAUAUCCGGUCUGAGGUGGAGAAAUCAGGGGUUCAUAGAUCUAGAGACUCGAAUUGGCAGUGAAUCUUUCAGUAGCAAGGGAUUGCUCUACAAGCUUUUGUUGAUGAUUCUGGCAAAGUAUGAUAUACCUGGGUUGGAGUACCAUUCUUCGGCCGUAGGGCGGUUUCUUAAGAGUGGUUUUGGAAGAUUUGGACUUGGACAGGUAAUUUCCUCUGUCAAAAACUUGGAUCAGUCAACUCGUAUCUCACUUUGGGUUGACUUCUGAUCCCUUAUGCAGGCAAAGCCGAAUCUGGGCGAUCAGAAUAUCAUUAUCGUGUUUGUCGUGGGAGGCAUCAACUGCCUCGAGGUUUGACGCAAGCCAAUUUUUUUUUUUCUUUCGUCGAUUUAUUUACUCAUAAAUAUUUAUUCCCGGUUUGUGGUUCUUUCUCCCCCCUUAGAGAGAAUUAUCUCAUUCUUUCUUUUCCCCUGAAGAUUCGAGAGCUCCAGGAGGCGAUCUCAGAGAGCGGUCGGCUCGAUGUAGAAUUGAUGAUAGGAGGCACCACACUCUUGACCCCAGACGAUAUGUUUGACCUGAUCUUGGGCUCCUCCAGCUACAUCUGA